AACAACAAGUGUUCCAGACUGCGCAAGACCUGUGGUUUGGUUAAGUCCAGAGAAGCCUGGAGCUGUAAGGAACACGUCCACCGGCUUCCUCUGAAAUCUCUUUACUAAAAAUAAAGGUCAUGGAUGACAUUAGUGAAAUGGAUGAAGAUCAACUCUUGGACUACGUGAUUCGUCUGAGCAUUGAAGAUUCGUGCAAAGAGCUGCCUUCAACAAAGCCGACGAGCUCGAGAGCUGCCAGCGACGAACAAGUGACGAUUCAAGCUGCCAUUGAGGAAGGUGACACGCACACGCUCGAGGAGCUCUGCGAGUGCCCCGCUGCCUUCGGAGAGCUGGAUGCUGGAGGCUGGCUCCCUUUGCACAGGGCUGCGGUCCAACCCGUGAAGCAGGUUCUGAAGCUGGUGCUCGACGCCUCGUAUGAGCUGAACCUGGAGGAGAAGACCCUGGAAGGGGAGACGGCGCUAACGCUGGCCGUUCAGGCGGGUCAUGUGGAGAACGUGAAGAUUUUGCUGGAACGUGGGGCAUCGCCACACAACACCAACGACAAAAACGAGUCUCCUCUCCUGCUGGCCAUAAGAAUCGGGUCCUAUGAGCUGGUUUCUGUACUCAUCGAGAACAAGGCGCUAGUGGACCAGGUCUGCCUGAGGCACUGGACAGCCAUGCACGAGGCCGCCAAGGUGGGCUGUAGCGACAUCGCAGUGCUGUUGCUAAGGAACGGCGCCAGAAUUACUCAUCUUACUGGCCAUGGAGUGAUGCCCAUAGGGAUAGCAGCAGAGUUUGGACAGACCGAUGUGCUGGACCUUCUCAUCCAGAAAGGUGGCGAUGUCAAUGCCCAGUCCUACAACGGGGAGAGCGUGCUGUACGACGCUGCCGGCUCCGGGAAUCCAGACUGCAUCGACCUCCUGCUGCAGUCUGGAGCCGAUCCCGACGUGCCCAGCAUGAGCAGGCACCUUCCGAUCCACCGUGCGGCGUACCUGGGUCACUACUUGGCUCUUGAGCUCCUCAUCCAGGUGACCUCCAGACAAGCCAUUGCCGCCUGUGGUCAGAGCCCGGUUCACUCCGCUGCUGAUGGAGGCCACGUCGAGUGCCUGAGGCUUCUCAUCGAGAGCGGCUUCGAUGUCAAUGCCAUCCUGGAGAAACACAUCUCUGAGAAUUACGCGGACAUGAGGAAAAGCGCCCUGUACUUCGCCGUGUCCAACGGGGACGUCACCUGCGCGGAGAUGCUGCUGAACGCCGGGGCGAAUCCCGACGCCGACCCGCUGCGCUGCCUCCUGGUGGCUGUCAGGGCCGGAAGGUACGAAAUCGUGCGGCUGCUCCUGGCCAAGCAGGCGGACGUGAACUGCUACUUCACGGCGGUCAGCGACACGGUGUUCCCCACGGCCCUGCAGUACUGCCUGCGCGACGAGAUGAUGAUGCGCCUGCUGCUCAACAACGGCUACGAUGCUGAGAGCUGCUUUCUCUGUUGCCAUGACCGCGCCCCUGAUUUGGGAACCUUCUGGAUGGGUCUUUAUCUCUAUGAAAUAUACAUCCAAAAAGACAAAAUACCUUUCUGUGACUUUAUCGGGCUGUCCUGGCUCAACGACAUGGUGGGAAACGUUGUGAGGAUUCUCCUGGACUACGUCAGUCACGUGCCCAUCUGCUCCAGUCUGAAACGGACUUUGGAGAAGAAAAAGGAGUGGUCCGAAAUCUGCGACAUCCUAGGGAGCCCGCGGCACCUGAAGCAUCUGUGCAGGCUGGCGAUCCGCAGACAGAUGACCCCGAGGUGUUUGUGUGACCCCGACAUUAUGGACUCCUUCCCUUUCCCACACAGACUUAAGGACUACCUUCUGUACAAAGAACACGAUCUCUACAGCAGAAUCUCGGGCACAAGUGUGUGACCGCUUCCACCUUAGAGAGAAGAAGCUGAAACUUGCUUUUAUGCCCUUUUUGAUAGCAGUUUCUUACAUUUGAGCUGCCUUAUGUUGUAAAUGUAGUAUGGCUAUGACUUAAAAUUAAUUUUUUUAGCUCAACUUUAUAUUAGCUUUAUGCUCUGCCAGAAA